CACACAAAGAGGUCAGCUCGCGUGCUGCGACUUGAAUGGGAUAUAACCGAGUGCCGCGAGACUCAAUAAAAGAAGCAUAGGACUCAAUCUUUGUGCUGUGUCACACAAGGGAGAGCGUCAAGGAGCAGCAACAGAGAGUUGUAAAUCAAGGUGCAGAAGUGUCAAAUCCAUGUUCCCUAAGGUUUUUCUUCAGUGGUGUGCAGCUCUUUCCAGCUGUGCGGCUGAACUAGAGCGGCGACGGCAGGGCAAAUUCCAGCCACUCCGGCGUCUAUUUGGGAAAAAGAAAAGGAGGGAAGCAGAACGGUUUAAGGGAUCUGAACUUAAACAAAGCCAUUCAACUGAUGAUGUUUGGAAUGGGGUGGCCUCAUUUAACGAAGAGAACAAUCAGUAUCUAAGGGAGUUAAACACCCUAGGUUCUCGAGCUUUUUCACACGAGAGUGUAUUUAUCCCCGAGGACUCCGAGAAGGCAUACCCAGGGCAGACAAUGUCCCUGGAGAAUGUUUCAGACAAAGUCAGGAACAUUCAGAGGCAAAUUGGACAUAAUAUCAAGUUUGGUCAGAGACCCCCUUCACUUAUGAAGAGUGAGGGAGACGAAGGUAGCUCAGAUGAAGAAGAGGUACCACAAAGUCCACUGAGGGUUAUUGCUCAGGUGGAGAGUGAGCCACAGGAGGCAGAAGCCAAGGAAAAGGCUGUCAGCCAUGAUGUAGUCCAGCACAGAACUCCAGUCAAAUCCCCACGCACAAAACGCCCACCUCCCCCUGGUACAAUUGAGUCCAUCAAUCUAGAUGCUGUCCCUCAGUCUGUCCCACGCUUAGACAACACUGCUGCCAAACACAGACUGUCUGUCAAACCGAAGAACCAGAGGGUGUCUCGCAAACACAGAAGGUUCACACAGGAUUUUCACAAACUGGAUCUCUCUGAAAUGCAAGAGGAAAUAGAAACACAAAAACACGAAGAAGUAUUUGAUUUGCCAAGUGAGGACUAUAACAUUAUGCAAAGGAUCAAAGAAGAUUAUGAGCCCACUGAGAAAUCCAUUAGAAAGCGACUUCAUGAGGAGGAACAAGAACGGCUUGAGCUUCAAAGAAGUGAACAAGAGAGAAAUAGGAAGAAACAAUUUAGGAGAAUUGAGGAACAGAGGCUAGAAGAAGAACAAAGGCAAAAGAAAGAAGAGGAGAGGAAGCAACGAGAGGAAGAGGAGAAAAGAGCAAGGGAAGAGGAACAGAGAAGGAAAGAAGAGCUUCGAUUAAGACAGGAGGAAGAGAGAAACAGGCAAGAGGAGGAGGAAAAGAUGAGGAAAGAGGAAGAGGAAACAAGAGCAGAGGAGAGAAGGCGGCAAGAAUUUGAGGCAGAGCGUUUUCGUCUGGAAGAGGAAAGUAAAAGGGAGCAGGAGGAGAGAAGGAGAAAGGAGGCAGCAGACAAACUUAGGAUUCAGGAGUUAGAGGAAAAACAAAAGAAAGAGGAAGAGCAACGGCUUCAUGAGAAAGAAAUACGCCAACAAGAGGAAGAGGCUGAGAGGAAAAGACAAGAAAAAAAGAGGGAGGAAGAGGAAAGAAAGAGGCAACAACAAGAAGAGAAAGCAGCUGAGAAGCAAGCUAGAGCCACUGACCCAGAGUGGAAAAGGAAGGCAGAGGAACUGCGAUGGAGAGAGAUGGAGGAGAGACAAAGACCCUUCACUUUCAAGGUGUCCUCGGGUGAGAAGCAGAUACUCUUCCAGAGGGUCAACCUUACUCCUGUUACUUCAGCAACUGGCCAACAAAGUGAAACAACAGCUGAAACCAGGGAGGGAGCCAAAGCCCCUUCACCAGGAUGUGCUGAUUCACCUCCUCUCUCUUCAUCUCUUUAUGUCCCGCAUACUGCUAUUUUUGUGACAGGGGCCCAGCUUUGUGGAACAGCAGUCAAUCUUGAUCAGAUCAAGGAUACAGCUUGCAAGUCCCUUCUUGGUCUUUCUGAAGGCAAAAAUGCCAUUGGCAUACCACCAACCAAGAGCAAAACAUCUCCAGAACAUAAAUCUGGAAAAACUAAAUCCUUAUAUGAGUCUUCCGUAUCUGCAGACCAAUCCAAUGCUGCUGUACUAGCGGAAUGGGCAAGUAUCCGAUCCAAAAUUUUUAAGGGUGCUGAAGAUGGAAAAUACAAUGAGAAUCCAGAUGAGAGUCGCAAGCAGUCCAAGAGCAGACCAGUAAGUGAGGAUCUAAACACAGUGCCAUUGUCUCACACCAACCUCAGGAAAACCUUGUCAGCCAGUGCUAAGUUUUCCAUUACCCCAGCCAGAAAGAAAUUUGCUGAUUCUAACAGAAACUCCGAAAUUUUCAGUCAGGUAGGAAGAGAGGGUGAGAACACAGAAACAACAUCUAUAGAAACUCCCUCUGUCCAAAAGGUAGAUUUGCCUUCUGUAGUUACCAAGAUCCAGAACAGGGGAAAUAAAUUUGUCCGUAUUGCAGAUAGUGUUGAAGAAUGCAAGUUUGCCAAAGACUUCCCUUCCUUUCUUGUUCCAAACCUGCCACAUGAAACCCCCAAAUCACAGAGAUCGGAGACUGGGUCCCCAAGUUACACAGAAUCAGAAGACUCAGACAUAAAGUAUGAAGGGGAUCAGAAGGAUCCGAGCUGUAAUGAGACACCCUCACCUUUUGGAAUCAAGCUGAGAAGAACCAACUACUCUCUUCGCUUCCAUAAUGAACAAUCUGCAGAGAAGAGGAAGAAAAGGUACAGUGCAGGAGACAGCUUUGAAGGAGUCCCAGUGCCCUUAACCUCUGACACUUCUACACUCUCUGAGAAGUCAAGCCCAGCUUCUCCCCAACAAGAGACUGCUGGACACCAACCCCCUGCAGCACCUAGUAAAGAAUCACGAACAAAGUUUUUCAGAAGUACUCUCCCAUCAGCAUGCAAUGAAGGUGACAACACUGUCCCAAAGCCUCCACUUUACCAAAAACCAUCUACCUCCCCCAAACCAUCUGAAGGUGCCACACCUCCACCCUCUCCUCUCCCAAAACCAGGCAGAAGGACUUCAGGGGAUAUGAUUUCCCAAAGAACUGGGGAAUUUGAACAGGUAGCUGCUGAGCAGAGCGAUGAAACUUCAGCAUCUGGACCAUCCCAGAGAAAUGGAGAGGAUGAGCUAAAAGAGAAGAAGUCAUUUUUUCCAUCCAUCAGCAUCCCAUGGAGAGAAAAAACAGAUCGCAGGACAGAACUUAUUAAAAGAGAAAAACCCUAUCUGCAGAUCAGACACUCCCUGGACAGCCCACAAACACAGGAGAAAGAGGCAGGACCAUUGUGGGUCAAUCUGGCACUGCAGAAACAGAAAGGAUUCAGGGAACAGCAGCAGAACCGAGAGGAGAGGAAAAGCCAGCGAGAGGCUAAGCUGGCUGAGAAACAGGAUAGAGACAGAGAAAUCGUUGGAAUGGUCAGCCCCACUGAAGAUAAAGGCAAUGGAAGUUCAAGCCCCCUCAAGCCUCAAACUGCAGAUGAGAAUAAAAGACCAGACACACUCCUGGCCCGCUUUGAACGACGUGAGAACUUGAAGAAAGCCAAUACCUUACCCAGCUCAGUCACAGUUGAAAUAACAGACUCUACACCCUCUCCGCCAGCAACGAAGGAUGUGACAAAGCGCUUCCCUCCUGGUGACACUACACAGGUUUCUACUGAGCCUGCCUGGCUCGCCCUAGCCAAGCGUAAGGCCAAAGCCUGGAGCGACUGUCCACAGAUCAUCAAGUGAUCCAAUACUUUUGACCCAGUGAAAAAAGCAAAUAAGUACCACCACUUCAUCCAUAUCAGUUGGACAUCACUGCACCCCAACUCAUCUCUGGCUCUACAACAACUACAGCAUUACAAGUCCCUAUUUUACUUUUGCCCUGAACAUUCUACAAAUAUGAAUUUGUAGAAUUAGGAAAUUAUUAUAUUAUUUCCUAAUAAUUGGUAUUUUUAUAAUAAAAAAAUGUAUUGCCAUAAUGACAAAUCAUUGUGCCUAUACCUUUUUUUUUUUUUUUUUUUUUUUUUUUAAGAGAACCAAUGAUGAAACGUAUUACCUUUUCCAAAAGCCAACCUGUGUCUCUUCUUGUUUUCAAUCAGUAAAAAAUGUUUUUGCAAUAAUCUAAAUCAACAGGAUAUUACACCAUUUUCUGAUGCAACCAAUCAGACAACACCAAGAAUCUUUGUCAAGAAGAACAGCCCUUCAUAUCUUAAUAGUUUUCAAAGUUCAUUGAUCUUGUUAACAGAAAAUAAUCAGUGUAUAAACACAAUGCAUGUCAAACUGUUGGUCCUAGAUAUUACUAAAACAAUAAGUGGUUGAAAUUCAAUAUAAUGUAACACAUUUUAAAUAAGACAAGACAAUAUGUUGAUGCUUUAAUGAUGAUUCUGGGAAGCAAUUCAAGGGCUAAUAACACAAUUGGCGAAACGUAAAAUUUCACUCCUUACUCCCACAAGCAUGUAAAUCAGAAAAACAGUUUUGUAUUUUUUAACUAUGGGUACCGUUUCUUCAAAUAUGUUGGCACCACUAGACCUUGUUGAUGGACAGAUAUAUUUUAUUUAUUUUAUUUUUGCAAAGAUCUUCACUGUGUCCGUGACAACUGUGAGUACUGUCAUUUUAACUAUUGCUAAAAAAAAAAAGAUCAUCAAUAUGACAUGUCAGCACUGUUUACUCAUGUAAUUAACUAACUCUGAAUUUUUCCAUGACAGCAUAGUAUACAAUAUAUGCACUUGAGCAGUGGUGUCAAUUGAUGAAAAAUCUACUUCUUGCAGUGUCUAUAGCCACCUGUUUCCUUAGAAUUGGUUGCCUGGGAUCACAAACUGCCUGCUUGCUGUAACAUAAACAAUGCUAUCCUGGCGUAGCGUGUGCUAGCAUCUCUUUUACCACUAUAGCAAAACCUGCAACGUGACUAAGUGAUGGGAGAUCAGUGUUUCAAAUGAAACGUCCGAGGGGUGUCAGAAAAAGAGGUCUAACCAAGGAGAGUGUCCCUUAGAAAAAGGAAGCAUUUCUAAUGAGUGAAUUGACUAUUAACGGACAUCACCUCUAUGUGCUUGAACCCCAGGUUGCACCAAGUGGAUUGUCUCUGUAGGCAAAGCUGUGCCUAAAGGUGAACUGCAAGUUGCUCUGGAUAGAAAGUGUCUGCUAAAUGAUGGAAAUUACUAAAUGGAAGCCUUGAUCUCUCAGCAGAGCCACUGACCCCACAAUCUAAUGUAAUGUUGUAUGUAUGUAAGUAUGUAUAGAGGUGAAAUGAAAUGGACUGUAUUCCUUUGGAGACCUCCACGAUUGCAGUCGCAUCACUUUGUUUUUACAUUGGUCGUGUGCAAUAGUGUAGCGUAAAUAGUGUUGUAUGUAAUAUGAAACAAAAAUGGUUUGUUGAUAAUUGCACUUUUUGUUCUACUUUGGAAAUAUCCAUCAUGGAAAAAGUGACACAAUGUUAUGAAAAAUUAAAGGAAUAUGUUUGAACUCUGA